AUGGUCAAUUGUAUCGGCGUUCAAGGCAUCAUUCAGACCCGAUUACGGGCCGAUCAAGGCCGAGCUGGAGAAAUGGAAGCCAACGGAUAUUCCCGAUCAUGGGGCACAGUUUCCAGGUGGCCAAAACUGCCACGAAAAACAACGAAAACAUGUCUUGAGCGUAUUCCCUUGGAUCAGUUCCAAGAUGUCUUUGGUGCUACGUCUACUGUCGAGGUCCGCACUCCAUUUCGGCGUGCUAUUUAUAAAGCUUUAACAUAUCUGCCAGCCCGCGUGUCCCACAAAGGCACAUUCAAGCCUACCGGUGCCGUUUUCGAUGGCUGGGAGACCCGUCGUCACAACUCCGGUCACGAUUGGUGCAUUAUUCGACUCGGCGCCCUCCGGCUACAUCGUCGGUUUGAUAUCGAUACUGCCCAUUUUAGUGGAAACGAAGCCCCAGCGGCAUCCGUACAAGCCUUAUUCGUAGACGCACGAGAGAAACCUCAAGCAGAUGACGCACGGUGGGAGGAGAUUUUGCCCAAGGUCGAUCUAGGCCCGUCAUCUCGUCACUUGUUUCGUAUCCCUCAAACGAAAGAGGCAUACACACAUGUCAAGUUGAACAUGUACCCCGAUGGAGGCAUAGCGCGAUUCAGGGUGUAUGGUCUAGUAGCACCCAUCUUCCCGGCUGAUGUACAUGCACCUUUGGACCUUGCGAGUGUGUUUUCGGGUGCCCGUGUCGUUUUUACGUCUGAUCAGCACUUUGGCAUUGGACCCAACUUGCUCUUGCCUGGACGAGGCAAGGAUAUGGGAGAUGGAUGGGAGACACGACGAAGCCGUACACCAGGUCACAAAGACUGGGUCAUUAUUCGUCUUGGCGAUUCGGGUAUUCUUGAGCAGACAGAAAUAGACACGGCUUACUUCAAGGGUAACUUCCCCGAGAGCUGCGUUAUGCAUGCAAUUUGCAGCAAUGAGGCAGAAGCUCGGUCCUCACAGCGGCACUUUUUCCAACUUGAGAACGUCACCGGACGGCUUUACACACAUGUCAAGUUUACGAUCUAUCCUGAUGGGGGUGUAAAGCGUGUACGUAUUAUCGGAACACGUGCGGUUGGAACAGGAACAGUUGGAGCUGCCCCUGGUAUCCUUACCAAGGCAUCGAGCGGACGUAAUGAUUUGCUUACGCCCCAGCCUACACCCCUGGUUUCCCAAGAGCCAUCUCGUAGCACUACUCCUGUACCCUCAUCAUCCGCAUCUGCAUCUAGCUCGAGCCGAAGCAUGAGUGAUUCGGGCGCGAACGCUGUAGUGUUGGGUCCAACGCCUCCUCCGGAACCCGAGACGUUUUCGGCUGGAAUCCCUCCUCCGGCGCCAACUCCGGUUGCUGCUGAGCCAUCGACCCCGACGUUGCAUGCUAUUGCUGCACGGGCGCAAACGCCUCCAUUGACACCUGAACUUCCCCCAUCGUUGGAUACCCCUAGCAUUCCUGCAUUGCCUAUUACACCUGAAGCAUUCAAGGCUUAUGGAUCGGUAAUCCAAGCGUGGUCGGAUACAGAUGCUGUUCCCCGUGGAAUUCGUGUAACCAGCGCGAACCAAGGAACCGCGCACAAGUUCCAUAAUCUUGCACUUGUUGAGCAAACUUACCCACCUGGGGCACACGCCCGCACUGGCAUGAGUGUUUACCGUGCUACCCCGCCAAUCCGAGAGGGCGAAAAGGCUGAACCUGGAAAGUAUUGGAGCGUCAAAUUGCUUGAGAGGCACUCGUAUACAUCCCAGGCGUUUAUUCCGAUGGGUACGGCAGGUGGUGUCAGGAUGACUGGGUUUGAGGAGCCUUUGCCCAAAGCUGGUAGGGCUUACUUGGUCAUUGUCGCGUUGAAUGGAGUUGAUGACAAGCCGGACUUGUCGACGCUUCGUGCGUUCGUCGCAUCAACUGCACAAGGCAUUUCUUACAACAUGGGUGUUUGGCACCACCCCAUGAUCUCGUUGGAGACGGCCAUUGAUUUUUGUUGCGUUGAGACCCAGAUUGGUACACCAGACAAUCACCUAGAUUGCGAGAUUGUAGAGACGAUGGACUCGCGCAAACGGCCGCUUUCUCCCGACGGAGCCAGCUCGAGCUCGAUCAACUCGAAGAAGCGCGCAGUCACUUCGGGCUCUGCUGCUGCCUCACCACGCCAACGGCCCAAUGGCGAUCUCGUCCACGACGAGCCCAAGGACGAGAACCUCGAGGCAUUCCGCAAGGAGGCACUCUACCGACGAAUGCGGCACUAUGCUCGCGAGCUUGAGCGAACACAGGCUACCGCUGACGAAUUUGAGAAGCGCAAGAACGUAUGCGAGGCCGGUAUGGCAGCAAUGGAAGCUUGCUGGAACCAGCUACUAGACACACUGCGCUCUCUCGUUCGUUCUGAGAAACUUCCCCCUGCAGAUGAGCGUACACGAGAGCUAUUUGAUCUUGUGCGCAGGUCGAUAGACGAAGAAGAGCGGGAAGAUGAUGAGGAAGAUGACGAUGACGACGACGAUUCUACCGACUACCAGAUCGCGCUACAGGAUCUAGCUGCCAGUUCACAAUCCCUCAUAGCGCAGGUUGCACAACUAGCGCCUCACUCACCACCGGAUACCAAAGAUCUGCGCAACAAACUUCACGCUGCACAAACUGAGGCAAAUUCACUGCGAUCGGAAGUACAUCUGCUUCGUGGACGCCUCGCGGAUGCCCAAGCAGAGUCCGAGUCCUUGAAGAAUAGUCUCCAAGUUGCCGAAAAUAAGUUGGAACGUGCAAAGAGUCAGACGGUACAGGCUGUGGGCAGCAAAUCCUCACAACCAAACGGUUCGGUGACGCCAUCUGCAGACGUCAAGGAGGAGCCCCCUGUCGAGGUGUGCCACCUCUUCAUCUGCAGUCCCUACGGUAUUGCAAUCAUCAAGAAUGAAAGCGAAUGGAAAUCGCUGGCAGAGUCACGGCAACAGCUCAUCGAUGAGAUGAAUAGCAACCACCAGGCAACGUUGGUAGAACUCAAGCAACUAAAAGUGGCAUUUGCUGCGCCCACCGAGGAGAUGGUUUUGGGCAGCUCAGCUUAUAAGCUGAUGCAGGAACAGCUAAGCCAUUUCAAAGCGGAUGUGGAGGAAUACAAGACGCGAUGGAAUGCUGCCAGAGAUGAGUUGGAUAAUCUCAAGUCGAACCAGCGGAUGAUGCACGAGGAGGCGCUUAGCAAAUCCCAAGCGACUAUUGACGAAUUACAAAGUACUCUCCAGAAGCGAGAGGCAGAUUGCCUACGGCUUCGCGAGUCGCGAGACGCUUUGACCACUGAACUCUCAAUGCGACGUGCCCGGGAUAACGAGCGAACAAAUGGCGUGGCGCAACUCAAAGUCCUAUUAGAUACCCGAGGCGAACGCAUAACUGUAUUGAUGUCAGAGGUCCGCCGAUUGAAGGCUGCUAUUGCCUCGCGAACAGGGGACCAAGACCUAUUGCGAUAUGUCAUGGGACUUGAUAUCAGUUCAGAUCCCGAGCAAGGGAUGCAGGUGCAGCCUUCGUACGUGGCCGAUCUCCAAGCCCGGCUCGAGUCUGCCCAUGCGCGAUUACAGGGGAUCGAUCAUCCAGGAGAGGCGGAGCUCGAGUUGGCCAAGUUCCACAAGGCGUUUGGAAAAUGGCAGGAUGUAUUUUCGGAUCCAGUGGAGAAUAUCAUCACCGCCAAGGAGGUCGAACUCAAGGUUGCGAAUGCCAAAUGUGUGGAACUUGAUGCUGGAUUGAACGACAUGUUUGCCGAGGUUGAUAAGCUCAGUGUUGCUUGGGAGACUCUCGACAAGCAGAACAAACUCAAAGUGUUUGAUUUGCUUGCGUUGGAGGACAAGAUACUCAAGGUCACAACCGAGAAAGCCAAGGCGGACAAUAAGUAUUUCCAGGUCAUGAAGGCCAAGGAAACGCAGGAAGCCGAGUGCAAGACCAUGGCCAGGAACAUGGCCCGACAGACGGCGCUCAUCGAGAAGUUUAACCAGAGCCAGAAUCAGAUGAAUGCUCAAUUGGUAGCGGCAGAUAAACAGGCUGUACUCCAAAAACAGCUUAUCCAGCAACUAACAGACCGAGUUGAAGAAGCUGCCCGGGAGAUUCAAGCCCGGGAGAUCAGACUCGUCACUGAGCGGGCCAGAGCAGCCGAGCUGGAGAAACAACGGAACCAGGCUGAUGUGGCCGCUAUCGAGGCACGAGCAAUGGUAGGCAAGGCCAAGGAAGAGGUGAAAAAGGCGCAGGAUGAGGCGAAGCAGGCGAGCCUGGUUUCAACCAACGCCAAAGGGACCUCGAGCGUGCGCGAACUAGAGCUCCAAAAGGAGAAUACCAAAGUCAUGGCUUUGCUGCGCUGUUCGACAUGCGUCAAGAAUUUCAGGUCACAUACAUUGCUCAAGUGCAUGCACACGUUUUGCAAGGACUGUAUAGAUGCGCGCGUGACGACACGGCAACGAAAGUGCCCGGCUUGCAACUUGCCGUUUGCAGCACAGGAUGUACAGCAGAUUUAUUUCCAAUGA